ACAUAAAAUGAUGUACACCACAUCAUCAUGUUCUGCUCCACGUUGAGUUUUAAGGUUAACUCGAGUGCUCUAGCCGUCUCUGGUGUAGCUGCCACCGGUUUAUGAUCGCUCAAUGGCCCGUUCAUCGUGCCUCUUGGCGACUCCAUGGAUUGUCGUGACGUCGGCCAAAUCACGAUGCCAUCGCGCUCCAAUUUCUGCUGCUGAGCCUCGGGGACCUCCUCUGAUCUCAUCUGAAUUGGCCAUUUGUGCUACAUCUGUUUCCGGUUUAGAUCUCUCGACCUUGGUUCACCGAACAGGCUGUCCCUUUGCGGCAACUUGGUUCCUAUCAUCUUCCCUGGGAACGUGGGCCAAUAAGGCUGACGAUUUAAGCGGUGCAGCCGCGAGUCUUCAGCCCUGCUCGUCACUAUCCUACGUGGAGACUGUCUGACAGAUCAUCAUGGCGACCUGGGCAUACCCACCUCUUGCUCCAGAGCAGUUGAAGCGGGAAGAAGACAGUGCGUUGGCCAAAGAGCUCCAGUGGCUUUUAUCAUCGCUGCAAGAGUCUCUAGCGUCCCUGAGAGAGGGCCUGCAAGAGUGCAGGGCACUUUUGGCUCCGAAGGAACCGGGUUCGACCCUCGUGCUCUCGUCGCCGCGGUCAGAAAGCCUCAAAGGCUUCGUAACCCGGGUAGGGACUAAGGUCAUCAAAGGAGAUAUCCAGCUGCGGUUAGCUUCUCUCCCGCCCCCGCGGGGUGCUACGAGCACGCGCUUAUGUCUUUCCACUGUCCCGGGUGCCCCUGAGCUGGUGUUGCGUCAACUGGCCUCGGUACGCGAUUCUAUCAAUCAAAGUCUCGAUGUGGUCGACGUUGGCACUUAUACGGGCGAUCCACACAAUGCGAAUUUCAUAUCUGGCCAAUUGCACCUUCUCAGGGAGAACGUUGCAGAAGCAUGUCUUGCCUUGAAGGGCGAGACAGAUGAAGUCAAGGGGAAAUGGUGGGAAACCAAUGUGGAUGAAAAUGCGUUCGAUCCUCCAUUGCCACCAUAUGUGUCCUUUCAUCUUGUGAUCGAGGAGGCAGCAUUGGUCCUGUACAUUAGGACCUUAGAACCCACUUCUGCCUCCAACACCCCUGCGUCUUUCACGCCCGAUAUAUCCAUAAGCGGAUUUUCGAUCCGUGAAAGACUGUUUGGACCCCGACUGCCUCCCCACGACGAGGCGGGCCAGGUCUUUAUAUGGAAAGGGCAGGAGGUCAAGGUUAAAGAAAAGAUCCGUGUGGAGAGUCAAGAUCCCAGUCUGAUGUCUGCAAUGUCUAAGAUAACUGCCCUGCAGCAUGAAGUCCAGAAAUGGAUUGCAGCAGUCAAUGUGGUUAUGGGCCAGGAUGAUUCAGUGAACGAAGAAUGAGCAUGCUGCGUUCCACCAACCAUUGGAUACUCUCACUGUUUACUUUGUCCUCGCUCGAUUGACUUAGCAGGUCUGACCCCUAUUGCCUUCGUAUUCUAACCAGGGUUUACACCAGCAGAAGUACUAUUUCUACCCAAACUUCAGGAUGAGACACUCUAUUGCAUA